CGGGUCAGGGGCCGCCGCCUCACCGGAGCUGCUCUGGAGGACUAACACUAACCCUAACCCAGGUGCAUGAAGAGGACAUGGAGACACGGAUCACAAGAGUCCGACACAUGAGUCCCGUGAGUCUGCUGCUGCUCUGCGUCUGUCCGCUGUGCUGCCGGGGCUCCUGGAUGUGGUUGGGCGUGGCGUCAGCCGGCGGCCCGGAGAACCUCAGCUGCUCCAACCUUCCUCUGAGCAGCCGGCAGCGGGAGCUGUGCCGUAAGAAACCUUUUCUGUUGCCGAGCGUCCAGGACGGAGCUCGACUCGCUAUCGACGAGUGUCAGAGUCAGUUCAGACACGAGAGGUGGAACUGCUCCGUCAACCAGCGCCCUCCAGUGUUCGAACAUGAGUUAACCAGCGGAACCAAAGAAACAGCGUUUAUCUACGCGGUGAUGGCUGCAGGGCUGGUCCACGCCGUUACGCGCUCCUGUAGUCAGGGCAACAUGACGGAGUGCGGCUGUGACGCUCGGCUGCAGGGCGGCGGCUCCAUGACGGAGGGCUGGCACUGGGGCGGCUGCUCGGACCACAUCCAGUACGGAACCUGGUUCAGCCGCAGGUUCAUCGAUGCCGCCGCCAAAAACAUGUCGACGAGCGGGGGAGGCUUCACGCCGGCAACCAUGAACCAACACAACUCAGAGGCAGGACGCCAGGCGAUUGACAGGACGAUGUUGACAGACUGUCGUUGUCAUGGUGUUUCCGGUUCUUGUGCGGUGAAGACGUGUUGGAAGACGAUGGCGGCGUUCGAACGUGUCGGCGUUUAUCUGAAGGAGCAGUAUGAGCACAGUGUUCAGGUGUCGGACCGCUCAAAGAGGAAGACGAGGAGGAAGGACAAGCGUCUCCUUCCUGUCGACAAACACCAGCUCAUCUUCUUCAACAAGUCUCCCAACUACUGCCUGGAGGACCGGCGCCGCGGCAUCGCCGGCACCAGAGGGCGCCGCUGCAACCGGACGUCCGCUGGACCGGACGGUUGCAACCUGCUGUGCUGUGGCCGUGGAUACAACACGCAUGUGGUGCGACACGUCCAGCGCUGCGAGUGCAAGUUCGUCUGGUGCUGCUACGUCCGCUGCAGGCGCUGCGAGAGCAUGAACGACAUGCACACCUGCAAAUAAACAAAUCACAACUGAGGACAAAGUUUCAAACAUCAAGUUUCCAACAUCAUUCACGAGGACAGCAUGAAUAACAUGAUGAUGAUCCCACCUUAGGAUCAAACCUCUGCUCGAGUCUCGUGACCAGCUGGUUCUGAAUCUUUGGGUUUUUUCUGAGAAACAAACCGAUUCAUGAAAACAAAACAAAUCAAUUUUUUUUUAUAUUUCAU